CGUCUUCAAUGAACGGGCAGCCCUGAAGGCUGAAGUAAGCCUCUUUCACUAUAGGGGACCUUCUCCUUUGCCAUUCCCUUCUACUGCAUCUUCAAGCUGAAAGCGUCAUCACAGGAGACUUCUUUUCAGCAGUUGGAGCAGGUGGAACGACUAGCUAGAAGCUCGUGAGGUUCACAGUUCUCCACACAAUUGAAGUGAUGUGGAACUCCCCUGACACCGUCAUGGGGGGCGGGCGUCCUGUGAAGGUGGUCAAUUGUCCAAGUCAGGAUCUGGCUCUGUCCAAUCAUGCCUUUGUGAAUCCAGCAGAUGCUGCUGCCUUUGCACUGGACGCCAUGGAUCACGAGCAGAAGGGUUUUGUGGAGAUCAGCGGAAACGUGCUGAGCGUCAGGCCUCAUGAUGCUGUCGAGCCUGGCGGUUUGGCGCUGAACGCGAUCCAGAGGCGAGAUGCCAAGGCGUCCUCAGGGGAGAGCAUCGUGGUCUCCAAGUUCAUUCCUCCUGUCAGCAACUUUGCGCUGACGUUGCUUCGAGUUAGUGUGGACUUUGUAACCCGAGCAAAAGCGAGGGAAGAGCAGAUCGAUGCUGGCGAAGCAUCCAAGAUCCUGCAGCAGCGGCUAGCGGGCCAAGUAUUCACUGUCGGCCAGCGGGCGUCGUUCGAGUUCCGGGGGAGCAACUUUGUGUUCACCGUCACUGAGACUGUGCCCGUGGGGGCGCUCGAGGCCAAGCCAGCCCUGAGCAUGACACGGGGCCUUCUCACGCCGGAAACAACCUUCUUCUUCGAGAGUGGCAACACGUCAAUCAAGGUUGUGAACCAGAAGGGCGCAAACAACGUUCAGCUAUUCAAGUCGAAGGAGGUGAACUUCGAGAAGCUGGGCAUCGGAGGCCUCGAUGCGCAGUUUGCCGACAUCUUCCGGAGAGCCUUUGCAUCCCGAGUCUUCCCACCCUCUGUUGUUACCCGGAUGGGCAUCCAGCACGUGAAGGGCAUGCUCCUGUUCGGCCCCCCCGGGACGGGCAAGACGCUGAUUGCGCGGCAGAUCGGCAAGAUGCUGAACGGGCAGGAGCCCAAGGUGGUGAACGGGCCGGAGGUGCUCAACAAGUACGUGGGGGCCUCCGAGGAGAACAUCCGCAAGCUGUUCCUCGACGCGGAGAACGACCAGAAGAGCAAGGGCGACGAGAGCCCGCUGCACAUCAUCAUCUUCGACGAGAUCGACGCCAUCUGCAAGUCGCGCGGGUCGACUAAGGACGGCACGGGCGUGCACGACACGAUCGUGAACCAGCUGCUGACCAAGAUCGACGGCGUGGAUGCACUCAACAACAUCCUGCUCAUUGGCAUGACCAACCGCCGCGACAUGCUCGACGAGGCGCUCCUCAGGCCCGGCCGGCUGGAGGUGCAGGUGGAGAUCGGGCUGCCGGACGAGAAGGGGCGGCAGCAGAUCCUGACCAUCCACACCAACAAGAUGCGCGACAACAGCUUCCUCGACCGCAAUGUCGACCUGCCCGCGCUGGCGGCGAUGACCAAAAACUUCAGCGGUGCGGAGCUGGAGGGGCUGACCAAGAGCGCGGCGUCGUUCGCGCUGAACCGGCAGAUCAGCGUGGACGACCUGACCAAGGAGAUCGACGAGGACAACAUCAAGAUCACCAUGGACGACUUCCUGCAGGCGCUGCAGGAGGUCAAGCCCGCCUUCGGCGCGUCCGCCGACACGCUCGAGCGCUACAGGCUGAACGGGAUGCUGGAGUGCGGCGAGCGGCACCGGCACCUCAAGGCGACGUGCAUGACGCUGGUGGAGCAAGUGCGCAAGAGCUCCAAGACGCCGCUCCUCUCCUGCCUCCUCGAGGGGCCUAGCGGCAGCGGGAAGACGGCCCUGGCGGCGACGGUGGGGCUGGAGAGCGAGUUCCCGUUCGUCAAGGUGCUGUCCGCCGAGACCAUGGUCGGCCUCUCCGAGGUCAGCAAGAGCAACAUGAUUUCCAAGGUGUUCGACGAUGCGGUAAAAUCCCCAUUAAGCAUUGUCGUGUUGGACGACAUUGAGCGGCUGCUCGAGUACGUCGCUAUCGGGCCCCGCUUCUCCAACCUCGUCCUGCAAACACUCCUCGUGCUCAUCAAACGAACCCCUCCAGAAGGGCGCAAGCUGUUGGUGGUGGGCACGACCAGCCGGAGCGAGGUGCUGGAGUCCAUGGACCUGGCGCAGGCCUUCAACGUCAACCUGAACGUGCCCGCGCUGAAGCAGGACGAGAUCAAACAGGUCAUGGCUGGCCAAAACAUUUUUGCUCCCCACGACCUGGACCGGGCCGUAGCAGCGCUCGACCAAGAGGUGCCCAUCAAGCGGCUGCUGAUGGUCCUCGAGAUGGCCGCCCAAGGCGAGGAGGGCGAGGACGCAGACUUGAUCCGACAAGGAGCUAAGAAGGUCGACUUGAACCGCUUCUACGAUUGCUUGCAACAAGUAUUUGUCUGAUAUUGUUCAGACUCAGACCUAACCCAUCUGCUCAAACAAUCAACGCCCGGGCGCUUGCUUCUGAUCCGGAAGAGUAGGGAUAGCUCUUCUUAAUUCCAAGGGUCGAGACACGCGAUAUGCAGAAAUGCAUCAAGCAUUGAGUGCUGCGACUGAGUGCCAUCGUCUAGCAGCUUUUGAGGCAUGUUGGCCCCUAAUGCCCCGUAGUCUCACUAUGUAUCACACGUCUGAAGGUGAUAACUAUCACGGAUCAA